CCCAGUUUAUUGAGGCUUCCGGCCGGAGGGUGAGCGAUGAAUUCUUUGGCUCCAUUCCCUUCUUCCAAAUUCCACUUUUUCUCUUUUCGAUUUCCACUUACUUCUUCUUCUUCGUCUGCUCGAGUUGUCUGUCAUGGUGGCUCCGAUUUACAGUAUGCUCCCUGCGACCUCAAGCUCGUCUUGCACGAUACUCUUGAUUCCUCUGGAAUCGACACUACUCAUGCCAGAGAAGCCAGGAAGGAAUUCUGCUUACAGAUUCAGAAAUUCUGUGUUGUCGAGAGGGAAACCAGUAUCAGCAUCAACAGAUGCGUUGACCUGGGAAGAACUGCUUUAUGUAUAGGUGCCGAGGAUGAUUCUCUUGUAUCACAUUCGUCUGUUCCACUCCCGGUCGAUGCUUUCAUAGAAAGAUUGGAUGAUCUUUCAAUGGACUACUGUCCUCACUACAGCCCAUCAUUUGACUCAUCCCCAGAGAAUUUUUUAGAGAGUUUAGAAAGAUAUCUGUAUGGUCACAAGGGUUUUCGAAGAACCAGUUCAAGUCAGAUGGAGUCACAAGCCCUAUAUCUUCACUCUGUUUUGACACAUCGUUCAGGAUCAGCUGCAAUGCUUGCACUUAUAUACUCAGAAAUUCUGAAAAUGCUUCGUCUAUGGGGUCUUGUGAACUUUGAUGCUGAAAUUUUCUUUCCUCGCGAUGAUCAUGGCCUUCCCAGAGGUUACAAUAAACAAAAAAGCAAGGAAUCAGACCAAGCGCACAUAAUGACUUCAGAAAACUUGUUAUAUGAGAUCCUGAAUAAUCUCAAGCAUGCAUUCUGGCCUUUUCAACAUGAUCGAACCAAAAGCUUAUUCUUAAGGGCAGCACAUGCUGCUAAUUGUGUUGACAGAUCAGAUUUUAUUGGAGAAAGUGGCUCUCAACUAGCCUCUGCUAAGGCUGCUCAACAUAGGCUAGACCGAGGUGUUUGGACCAGCGUACGUUUAGGGGACAUGAGACGUUCACUGGCCGCUUGCGAACGUAUAAUCCUUCUGAAAUCUGAUGCAAAUGAGUUAAGAGACUAUGGAUCUCUUCUCUAUCAUUGUGGACUUUAUGAACAGGCCCUGGAAUAUAUGAAACAUUACAAGGAUAUGAAGAGCUCAUCCAUGCAGACACAGUCGUCAAGCUCUGCGAGCAGCAUAGAAGAAGAAGCGGUGGAUAAGCUGAUUAUGCGCUUAGAUCUUAUCUUGAUGGAAGAAGGAUGGAGUCGUCCAUCUUAUGUCAGAAACUAUUUCAAUAACAACUCUGAACCAUGGUAAUCUGCCUUCCAUUUUUAACUGAGGCAAAUCAGAAAAGGCAAUGUGAAAUUUCACACGCAGUAGAGGAACGUGCACAGUACAAGGCAGCAAGUAUCAAUGAAUUUUACAGUAAUGAAGGUUGGAUUCCUGGCAAUGAUGAAGAUAUUGUAUCUAUAGGUCAUAAAUGCCCACCAAAUGAAAUGGUGGUAGCAACUGGUAACUGGCAAUUGCAGAGAAAUCAUAUUAGAAGAUAUUACACGGUGGCUGACUGCAGGUGUCAACCAUAUUUUUGUGGGGAGAAAAUAACUUAGCUGUGUGUAUAAAUAAUAACUUUUAAUGCUGACAUUUUCCGUCCGGAAGAUGCAUGUGAAUAGAGAGUUAAUGUGUCUCUGAAGCGUAUUGAAUUUGUAGAAUUCUAAUAAGAAGAACCUGUAUGUACCUGCCUAUGCAAUAUGCUUGUGGUUUUCUCAUCGAGUCACAAGCAAAGGGUAUAUUAUAAUAACUUGAUAUGUUGUAA